AUGGAAAGCGAAAAACAAAGUACUGAGAGCGAGAGACAGCCUCUACACUGGAGAAGUUGCAAGCUGGUUAUAGAUCCUGCGCUGACGAACGGGCUGUACAAAGUGUACCGUUAUGAUGGACAAUACUUUAACCUGCCGGUUGAGGACCUAGGUCUACUUCCUGUGAUCACAGUCAGGGAUCCGCGCAUCUGCCGCCUGUGGAGCAGGUGUAUCAAGACUGACUUCGUGGUUCCCAAAUUUAAGAUUGAUGAGUGGUACGUGGCUCCCGUUCCUCCAAAAGAAGUGACAUUUUCUAAGCUCAACGACAACGUGAAUGAGACUUUCUUGACUGAUAUGUGCAAAAAAUAUGGGAACAUGGAAGAAGUGGAGAUAUUUUACAAUCCCCCAAACAAGAAGCAUUUAGGUAUCGCAAAGGUCACAUUUGAUACAGUAAGGGCUGCAAGAGACGCUGUCCAGCACCUGCAUGAGACAUCAGUGAUGGGAAAUAUUAUUCAUGUGGAACUUGAUCCAAAGGGGGAAAAUAGAGCUCGAUAUCUCCAGCUCUUGUUAAGUGGGCUGUAUACGCCUUGGACGUUGCCGGUGGGCAGCAGUGAACGGGCUCUUCAGGGCUUAGUUGACAGUUUGCUGGGAAGCUCGGCCACACAGCAGCUGGGAAAUGUCUGCAGCCCCACCAGCAUUGCUACGCCCCUCUCUCUGGACACAGCCUACUCCAGUAUUUGUCAAGACACACCUUGCAGCUUUGGGCUUACACCACGUUCUCAGGGAACCCCCCGGACUCCCUGCUUGCCUGCGACUCCUCUCUCCUCCCACGACUCUUGCUAUUCCAGUCUUCAGGCGACUCCCGUCCUCCAAGGGGAACCCUCUGCCUAUAGUGUUCACAAACCUUUAAGACAAGAGCUUUGCCGUCGUAGACGACAGCACAGGGGACUUAGCCACGUCUCAAAUGUUAGCAUCAUUCUGAAGCAGUUCCAGCCACAGCCACCACAUCCCCUCUUAACCAAAACACAAACUAGCAGCCAGCAGCUUGCAUUGUGGAGUCCCAGUGCACAAACCUCUUCUAACAAUAGUGACGAGGCUCCCUUUAGUCUCACAUCCCCUUUUCAGGAGACUGAAGAUGUGGUUAACACAAGUUAUGCAUCUUCACCUCUGAAUGGCAACUCUCGCGACAUCCUGACUGUUGAUCUCUCAGCUGACCUGCAAACUAGAACAGCUUCUCCAUUUGAUAACCACCAGCCAGAGGCAGCUGUUUCAAGUCUAGACUCCCGAAUUGAAAGUUUGCUGAUAAACAGCCAGAUCACUGACCCCUUAUGCUUUCAUGGAAAGACCUCUGAGACCGAUCCAUCCUCUCAAGAGAGCCCGGCUUCACCUGGCUCACCUCUUAAGGUCUCUUCCUCGGAUGACUCACAGUUUUGUACCCCACUGUCUUGUGAAUCCCCCACAAGUGGCCACCAGUACUCCCACAAUGAUGCUGUGGAUGAAAAUGAGGAGGACGAAACUACUCGAGCUGUUUCAUUUCUUACAAGAAGUUCCCAGUCUCCCUGUCCGUCUGAUGUUGCUUAUUCAGAAAGCUUAACACACAUAAACAAUGAAGAAGAUCCAGAGAGGGUCCAGCCAUCGUCAGGCCCAAAGGAACACUGUGCAGCACAUCAGGAGAAGAAGUCCUCAAAUAACAGACAGUUUGAAGCUGUGACACCAGCAGAAGACCUCUCUCUGCCCGAUCCUCCAUCCGGUUGUUCUUCCAGUUCCACCACUCAGCAACUUACCCUGAAAGCUCUCCCAACUGUUACAGCUGGAUUCCCCCAACCCUCAGCACCCCCUUUCCUUUUCCCCAUUCCUCGAUUUCCCCCCUCUCUUCCACCUGUUCCACCUCGCCUGCCAGAUGGCACCAUCCCGAUCCCUCCUCCAGGAUGGAUGCCACCUCUGGGCCACAAAGCUGCCAUCCCCAUUCCUCCUCCCCCCAUUCCACCUCGUACUCCAAUUCCUCCUCCACCAACUUUCCUGAGACCCCCUCCACCUUUGAUAGCGCCACCCUCUGUUCCACCUCCUGUGCACAUGUUCCCUUUACCCAUACAGCCAGGGUGUCCUUUGGAUAAGGGGAAUCCUCCAAGGCAUGGCGGUCCACCGUUGCCAUUCCCUCCUCCUCCUCCUCCUCCUCCUCUCUGGCCUGCACCUCCUUUUCCAAGGUUUAACCCCUUUGUGCCACCACCACUCUACCCACCUGUGCAGGCAAAUCCCCACAAGAUCACGACGGAAAAAGUUUUAGAUAUCCUCAUGGAUGAACUGAAGUCAAUCAUAAAGAAGGACAUUACACGUAGAAUGAUUGAAGGGGUCGCUUUCAAGGCAUUUGAAGACUGGUGGGAGUGUCAGGAGAAGAAGGCAAAGAUACAAGAGUCUCCUCUGAAAUGUGGAGCGGCAAGAGUGGAAGACAGGAACAAAUUCCUAAAUCCCCUCAGUAACAUUGGUGGGCAGAGCAGAAAACCACCACUGCCAUCCUUCAAGGUAAAAAGGAAAAGAUCAGACGAGACAGGAAAUGACUCCGGUUCUGCUCUCGAUCAUUCUGAGGUGAAGAAAGGGGACGACAUACUGAGAGCGGCGUCUGAGAGAGGCAAACGCAGACACGCAAGACCACUGGAUCUGGACAGUGAUGAUGAUGGUGAUGCUGGGAAAGAAGAUAAGAUACUUCAAGAUGAAGAAGCGAUACCAGACAAAGUGAAGGCUUUUGUGCUGGAUGAGGAUGAGCCGCACAUCCUGUCUGACAGAGAUGCUCAUGGUGAUGACGAAGAAGAUGAUGAUGGCAGUGAUCAUACUGCGGAAGAAAAUAGUCCGAUGGAGGAUCGAUGUGACGGAGAGCAGUGCUUAGACAGCGAGGUUUUUUCAGAGGAUAGCGAGCACACGUCGGACUGCGACACUUCAGAUUCGCUCUCCUCGGUGGGCUUUGAGGACACGUUGUCUGACCUGACCACUGAAGGUGAAGACGCCGAGGAGGACAGCGAGGACGCCGGGAGUGAAGAGUGUAUAGUUAUAUCAUCAGAUGAGGACUCAGUGGAGCUCGAGCCCCCUCUUACCCCCUCAGCCCCACUGACCCCUGGUGCUCAGCUGGAUCUGGACCAGCGGGGCUGGUCAGAACUGUUCCCAAGGCAGGAAACGGAGGAGGACCAGUACACAUCGUGCCACAAAGACAACUGCGACUUCGAUGCCAUGAUGGAGCUCCAUACCAGCGACCCCCAGGACCUGCUGCCCCCAUCACCUCUAGGACUAUCAGCAGUGGAGCCAUGCCUUGAUAUGGAGAUGGAAAGCCCUGAUUGGACAGUGGAGUCUCCAGAGAACAUAAAAAGCCUGAGGCCUCCCACUCCUACUGGCCGUUUGGUGGACAGUGACCCUGACAUCCUUUUAAAAAGCAGACCAUCAUCUCCUGCUGCAGAGGAGGAGGAACGACCACCAACACCAGGCAAGGGAAUAGUGGCAGGACUGGAAAGUGAGAAUUCAGAGGAAGUCCUCUCCCUCUCCCCAGCAAGCGAUGGACUCGCUCAGCCUCCCUCUGAUCUCCUCAUGGCAUCAUACCCAUUAUGCCAGGAGAUGCCUAAGACUCCUGGCAGAGAUGAAAGAGUGUCCUCGCCAUUCAGCAUCUCUGACUCUUCAUGUGACAGCGUUGAUGGAAGGGAUGUCCAGAUCCGUUCAGGUGUGAGAGCAAAGCCUCUACAGGGACUGGAGAACAUGCCUGAGCUGUUGGACAAAGAGAAAAUCUUACUGAGGCUAAACCGAUGGAGGAGGCUGAAGAAGAGAAGGUGGCGUUCACCCUACGAAGAGAGGAAAAUCCUUCAUAGCGUUUGGAAGGACGGCUUGGAUGAAGAAGAUCUGCUCUUUGCAUAUUACUCUGCUGUUCACAUCCUUAACUGCUGCUCACUGACUAAGGUCCUUACAGAGAAGAAUGAGGAGCACAGAUCCUGGCAGCCGCACCACAGAACAGGCUCUGCUCGAAGUGAAGGAUUUUACAAAAUCAGCAGGAAGGAUAAAAUGAGGUAUCUGCACAACACGCGGCUGGCUGCGGAGCUUCCGUCUACAAGCGCUCAGGGAACGUGCAUUCCAGCCCAGCAACCCACUUCACUGCGAGCUGGGUCUGACUUCAGGUGUGAACAGCGCCGGCUGCUGUCCUCUUUCAGCUGUGACAGUGACCUGGUCAAGUUCAACCAACUCAAGUUCCGAAGGAAGAGGAUUCGUUUCAGCAGGAGUUACAUCCACGAGUGGGGCCUGUUUGCCAUGGAGCCUAUUGCUGCAGACGAGAUGGUGAUUGAGUAUGUGGGCCAAAUCAUCCGACAGGUCAUUGCUGACAUGAGGGAGCAGAGAUACGAGGAGGAGGGCAUUGGAAGCAGCUAUUUGUUUCGGGUGGAUCAGGACACCAUCAUUGAUGCUACCAAAUGUGGGAACUUAGCCAGGUUUAUCAACCACAGCUGCAAUCCUAACUGCUACGCAAAGAUCAUCACAGUGGAGUCUCAGAAGAAGAUAGUCAUAUACUCCCGCCAGCCUAUAAACAUCAAUGAAGAGAUUACAUAUGACUACAAGUUUCCUAUUGAGGAAACAAAGAUCCCUUGUUUGUGUGGGGCAGACGGCUGCAGAGGCUCCUUGAACUAAUCACCUGUUAAGUGGCCCGAUUAGGUAAA